AUGCCUCAUAUCACAAACGCUGGCCGUGGUCCCCUGCAGGUCCCUGGAUUUGGGGGCAUCCCCCUGAACUUUGAGCUAUCACCGGAGACCCGCUUUGCGCACGGGCUGCUGGAGUAUCGCCAUUCGCCUCGCUUAACCAAGCGCGAGAUUGCUAUGCUACGACUGAUGCAACAUAUCACCGAGACGCCAGGGUGGCAUCGCGCAAUCCUGGACCCGGAUGAGAAUCAACUCGCGCGGUGGCAUCGGGACGCAGUUGAAGGUCCCGAGGGCUUUCUUAUCACUGCGCUCGCAUGGGGCUGGUGCAUCUCCGAAUUACGCGAUAAAGCGAGGACCUGGCAGGCUACAGGCCGUCUUCUGGUUUUUGACAGCUCCUCGGCUGUUUGUCAAUCGAACGAGUUAGGCGUGUCUCUUGAAGACAUCCAAAAGCAAGUGACUCAACUGGGGCCGCAGAUAAACAAUUACUCGCCGCUGGUGGAUCCUUUUCUAUAUCCCCUUGCCUAUGCUCGGUCACCGGUAUUAUCGAGUGGCGGAGAAGUCCCCCUGCAUGAUUUAUGGUGCUCAACUGGGGAAGUCGACAAAGGGCUCCCCUUACAUCCAUUCAAUCAACUACAAUUUCCAUUCGACCACUUAAGACGACGGAUUCCUCUGGAUCGCCAGCCUGGAUACGGUGGUCCCGAGAGCUGCUAUUCAAAUCACUUCCAGUGGCUACCCUUUGAGGUGACCUUUUCGUCUAACGACCCACUGGAUGUUAGUAUUACUUCCUAUGUCAACAAUCUCCAUCCACAGAAUCAUCGGAAUCUCUAUGCGCAUCUCGAAGACCUAGUCGCCCGCUCAGUAUCUUCCUGGAAUGAGGUCCUAUUCUAUGGCAACUCACGUGGCCGCCACCCCCCACGCAUUCUCACAUAUGGUUGCCAUAUCCACAACUACAUGGAAGAACGAAAGAUUUUUCGCGACAUUGUGCCUCUACUUAAUUGGAGGGGUAUCUGUGACACCCACGAAGAUUGGCAAAAACUAUGUGACAAUGCCCGCGAGUACAUCUCUGGCCCUGAGCCCCCAAAAUGGCAGCAAGCAGAACCUCGGUCAGGACGCUCGCCCAACCUACUGGACGAGCUCACACCUGAGCAAUGGGAAAAUCCAAGACUCGUGAGUCAGCUUACAAGGUCUAAGCGAGCUCGGAGAGCCUGGUUCAACCAUCCCGAGCCAGGUGUUUCAUUCUCCUACGAACAAUGGAAGGAAGGCAAAUUUACUGGGCGUGCAAUAAUCCCACAGAGGGUGGGUAAGUUCCCAGACCCACUACAUCAUCAAUAUACCCCCGUACGUCUACAGGAUACUUUUCGAGAACAAGGUCUACAGGUAGUUGUUGAAAUCUUCAACAUUGAACUCACCCCAGAGAGUCCGACCUAUUCCGGUGAAGCGCAUUUCCAUAUCGAAGGACUACGCAACGACCGUAUUGCAGCUACGAGUUUAUUUGUUGUGGAAACAAAGAACAUCACUGAGCCUCGUAUCUCAUUCCAGCAUGAGGAUAAAGUGCAUGCGUCUGAGCUGGAAUGCAAAGUUCCAAACACGUUAGCGAAUGUUCUAGAUAUAGACAGUUUCAAGCUGUUCGAAGAGCAAGCACCCGAGGCGCUGCAUACAUUCGGUUCUGUCCCGCUAACGAAAGGUCAUCUGCUAAGCUGGCCUAACACUUUUCGGUCGAAGCAAGAGUCGUUUCGUUUGGCGGAUCCGAGCCAGCCGGGGAAUCUGACUGGUAUCAAGCUUCGUCUUGUCGACCCACACUAUCGAAUCUGCUCCACGCGAAAUGUGCCGCCGCAGCAGCACGACUGGUGGGCAACUUCAGCACAACAAGCGGCGCAUCUGGACAGACGCCUCCCAGCGGAAUUGGUGCAGCUGGUGAUGAAUCAGACAGAACAGUGGCCAGUAUCAAGGGCGAAGGCGGAGCGUCUGUGUCAAGAGCUUCACCUUGAUCAUGAGCGUGUACGUAUGGUCAUUGAUGAGUGCGUAGGCCACCAUAUUGUGGGUUGCAUUCCCUUUGAUGAUCCCCAGGAUGUGAGGGUUGCUUCCGGACUCGGAUAUGAGUCUCCUUAA